CAAGCAGAACUAACUGCAGACCAUACAUAAUAAUGGUACACGUGCGUGUACGUUUGAAUUCACAUGUGCGAGUGCCCGUGCGCGCAUCCAAGUACAUCUUGGACGUGUGUCUGUGAAGCCUUUCUCCUACAACCUGACACAUCCCUGCUUGAGACACUGAGCGGAUAGAAACACAGAGAAACCAUUAGAAACAGACCGAGGGAGGGAGGGGAAGAAGAGAGAGAGGGGAGAGUGGAGCAGCCUGCGUACCUACCUCUUCCAGCGCGGACAGGAUGUGUUGCUGUACUGGGGUCUGAUUCAGACGGGGGGUCUCUUCUUCCUCGUCACGCUGCAUCGGCAGGACGAACAUGGAAUAUCUGAGUCAGACACAGCCAGGGUGGAGCCCCACGCCAGGGGGCUGAGCAGAGGGCUUCUCCAUCCCGGCGUGCCAUGAGCUGGGCUCUCAUCAGGGGGGCUUUAUGGAGCUCCAGCUGAAGGGGGGUGGUCCCCCAGUGGUCCCCACGAAUACUGUCUACAGCACGGUCCAGCAGCAGGACUACUCUGCCAGCGUAUGGCUCCGCAGGAAGGAGAAAAAACUCGAACACUCUCAGCAAAAAUGCAUUGUAAUCUUCGCAUUGGUGUGCUGUUUUGCUGUGCUGGUGGCCUUGAUCUUCUCAGCGGUGGAUGUCUGGGGAGAGGAUGAAGAUGGUAUAACAGAAGAGAACUGUAACAAGAACUGCAGACCACUUCCUAGCCUGAGAACACUGCUGAAAAUGAGGAUAGUGCUCGUAGAGAAUAUUCCAGAAGAUGUCACCUUCUCUGAGAACGGCACGGCACACCUCCCCCUCUCAGUCGGCCUGCAUGGCCUGCUGGAAAUGGCCUUUCGCUCCGUGGAGAUCGUGUCUCCUCAAUGGAACCUGAACUCCUCUGUCUAUGACUCAAGCUCCCAAAAAUCUGCUGGGCAGGGUUGGGCUUUGCUGCAGAGAUUGCAAGGGCUGAAGAAGAAGGGAAUCAGUUUGAAGAUAGCCAGUGGAAUGAUCGACUCCGCAGAGCUCAAGGGCCUUUCUCGUUACAGUGAGGUGCACUAUAUAAACAUGACUGCCCUGACCAAAGGCUUUCUGCACUCUUCUUUCUGGGUGGUGGAUAGGAAGCACAUCUACAUCGGCAGUGCCACCAUGGACUGGAGAUCACUGUCCACGAUGAAAGAACUGGGCGUCAUUGUCUACAACUGCAGCUGCCUUGCACUGGAUCUGCACAGGGUGUUCAACCUCUACUGGCAGCUGCAGUAUAAAGACUUUAUACCAUCUAUGUGGUCCAAGAGGCUGAGUGCCCUGUGGAACAAAGAAGAGAACCUCCCACUUCUCUUCAACAACACAAAGUCCGAUGUCUUUGUUUCUAGCUCUCCAGAUGUCUUUUGCCCCAAAGACAGGACCGUAGACCUCGAUGCCAUAUCCUACGUGAUUCAAACAGCCAAGAGGUUCAUCUAUAUAUCCAUUACAGACUACCUGCCUCUCACUAUCAGGAAAGCUCACAGAUACUGGUCACGUAUAGACGGGAUGCUUCGAGAGGCCUUGAUCCUAAGGAACAUCAAAGUACGCCUGUUAAUAAGCUGCAGGGAGGAGACUCACCCCUUGACUUUUAACUUUGUGUGGUCCAUGAAGACCCUUUGUAUGGAGCUGGCCAACUGUUCAAUGGAGGCUAAGUUCUUCAACUCCCGGGAGCUGAGAGAUGGCACACUACAGGGAAUCAAUCAUAACAGAUUCAUGGUGACAGACAGUGCUGUGUAUAUAGGUAACUUUGACUGGGUUGGAAAUGAGUUUACAUUCAAUGCUGGCGCUGGCAUGGUGAUCAGUCAGGCCGAGGGUGUGGGGGUUAGGAACUCAACAUUGGUGGAACAGGUAAGGGUUACAUUUGAGAGGGACUGGUAUUCACGCCACACCAAGAACCUGCAGGCUAACAAGAUCCCAGUCUGCAACAAGCACCAGCUGAACCAAAUGGCACAUCUCAAAAUUACCACUGAACCAACAGAAAGCAGUAGGAGUGAGGAAACUCCCAAUGGCUCCCUGUGAAUCCAAAGACACAUGGUGCAUUACAAGGCUGAUUUAUAAAGGCCUGAGGAGAAGAAAAACAGUUUGAAAGCUAACAUUGGACACGAUGGAAACAAUAUAUGGACUUAAUGUUUUUUAGAAGUAAAGUUUUCCCAUCAUGCCUGCUGCUUAUUUCAUCUUCUAAGACUGUUUUUUACAGAAAAUAUUCACGGAAAAGGAACUGUUGUAGUGAAUAAAUGUUCUAUUUAUUACUGAACCUCAGUAAAUAUAGUUCAUUGGUUAAUUCAUUUUGCCAAUAAUGUCUUCAUCGUUUACCAGAUCCCUUUAAAACCUUCUCUGGCCAGAACCCAGUUGGAACUUCACAGACUGCAGAGAUACAGAUACAAAUCUAAAGAGUCCCAAGACUCUUCAAUAUACAUAUUCAAGUGCAAAAUGAUUUCUGCUUCAACCAAAUGAAUGAAGGCCAUGUGUCUGUGGAAUGAAACAGCUGAAUGAAGGAAUGAGAAAAUGAUAGACUGCCCUGUCAUGUCAUGACCUCAGCUGACUCUUAAGGUAAUAACAUCUAUUGAGUGUUUAUUGUUUCAGAAUACAGAUAAUUAUGCCUUAUUGGCGUUCAUCUAUUUUGGUAUUAUUUCUAAAAUUUGUGUUAGUCCCAAUUAUAAUGUUUAGUGAUUUACGUUGAAUGUCAUUAUGACAGGUUUUAUCUCAGAUUCUUACCACAGUUGAUUCUUACUACAAAUGAUUCUUACCACAAUUGAUUCUUACUACAACUGAUUCUUACCACAGUUGAUUCUUACUACAAUUGAUUCUUACCACAGUUGAUUCUUACUACAAAUCUGGCUGAUUCCGCAAGUUUACAUUUAAACGCUGUGUAUUGAUUAAAUGUAACUUUGCAUGAUCGGGUGGCUUUGUGAGGCAAACAUAUUUACAGAUAUUUUAAGAUAGUCAUCUAUUCUUUAUAUUGUCUUUGUUGGGGGAACACUCAAAAGUGUAAGAAAAGUAUACAUUUUGAAUAGUGCUAUAGGGAUUAUAUAUGUGGUUUUAACUAUGAUAUUGAAUUCUUCAUGACAUUGAUAUUGAACAGAAAAACAACCAGAGUCAACGACAUACUAACGUUGUAGGCUGAGCUGCUGUUUAAGGUCUACUGAAUUUGCUAACAUUGUUACAAGUUCAAUUGUCAAUUGGACAUGAAUUUACCUAAAUUGAUUCCUUAGGUUCCCAUGAACAAUUAGCUUUCUUUUUGGUAUAACUCAGCUAUAAAAAGAUGUUUGAUCAGUGAGACAACCUCUUCUUUUUAGAUGCAAAUUCUGACUUAAAACAUACAGGACUGCUUUAGCUGGAGGGAAAAUUAAUUAAUUAAAGACUGCUACAGUAGACAUUUCCAGUUCCCCAAAAUAUUUUUUUGAACUAAGACCUUACACACUGCCAAACUUAACUCUGGUAACUACAGCAUCGCUCUUUACAUUGCCCUCACAAUAUAGGCUGUGUACCUAAUGAUCUACUACAUCUUUUUAUGAACAUGUCACUCCAAUCAACGUUUGUAAUAUGCUUAUUUGUUGCGUUUGAUGGGCACUACAUAUAUUUAAUUCUGAUGUCUGGUAUUUAUCUUUUCAUUGCCUUUCUACUGCAGUAUAUGUACAGUAAUAGGAGAACACAAUGUAUACAAGUUGUUCUCGUCUUAAAUAUUCUGUUUUUAUUGUGGUUCUUUUAUAAACCUAUUUUAACAAUAUUUGGGAAAAUAUCCACUGUAUAUUGAAGACAUUUUGUCAGUGUUAACCAGUAUACAAAUGUAUAAUUACAAACAUCCAUGAUGUAAACUGCACUUGUGCCAGAUAGUGUUCUUAAAUGUUAAAUCCUACAGUAAAUGUAUGAAAAUAGUACCCUUUAACUAUGUCCUCUUGUCAAAAAGUAUCUGACUGCUUUUGGUGCAACAGACCAGAGGGCUAUUUUCUAUAUUGUUUAGGAAUGCACUUUAUGUCUCUGUACACUAAACAUGUUUUCUUCUUCACUUACUUCUUUUAUUUUAUUACCCACAUGAAUAUUUUGUCCUUGAAAUAUUUCAAUUAAACAUAAUUCUACUGAUGUUUCUGAGCAUGGGUGGCUUCAAAGCCUCCGAAUUGUUAAAUAUAGCACAUUGGCAAUAACGAGUUUGUAUAGAAUAACAUUGGGUGUGUCCCAAAUACUAUAAGCCAUCCUUGACGAACUGUUGCCACCUACAGUUAGAUAAAGGCAACGUUAUCUCCCCUGCAGACUGGCAUGUGGGUUUAGACAUUUGACAUGUACAUCCACAUUGGGUCUUCAUGCUAUAUGGUAAAUUAGUUAAUUAAGCUGCAUGAUUGUCAAAUUCAUAUAAUAACUUGGAUACUGUAGUAAAGUUGAUCACACAGUUAUUGAAAAAGCACAUUGAAUCACAUCUCAUUUCACCCAUAGACUGUCCAAAAAAUAGGCUGUACCUGAUCUAACUUUCUGGGAUUUUUUAGACAUAAAGAUCUGGCAGUUCCUGAAGCUUCUGAACAUGUGCUGGUAGAUUAUACCUUUGUUUCCAAAUGUAUAAAUAAGCAGAGUAUGUUAUGGAUUACAAAUGUGUAGAGACACUUUUCUUACAUGUAUUUUGCUCAAUUUUGGCAUGCUCACUGCUUGCAUGUCUUGCCUUUAUGAACUGUAUAUUAUAAUAGACAGAGCCUUCUUAGAAUACAUGAAUAUUUAAAAAUACAAAGGGAGUGUUUAUUAUAACCUUGUUGCAUAUUUA